UCAGUACCUGCUAACUCUUUUACUAGACCAACCGAUGUAUUCAUAGCGGUGAUGGGUGUCACUGGGUCAGGGAAAAGCUCAUUUAUAUCGCUCUGCUCGGGCAAGUCCGUCGAGAUUGGCCAUUCACUCAAUGCUUGCACAGCUAAAGUCGAUGUAUAUGCGUAUAAGCUAUCGGCCGAUCGCACUGUUUAUCUUAUUGACACGCCUGGCUUCGAUGAUACCUCAAAGAAAGACACCGAGGUACUCAGCGAGAUUGCGACUUGGCUCGGUGAUUCCUAUAGUAGCAAAAUCAAGCUCAACGGGAUUAUAUACCUCCAUCGUAUCAGCGACAGACGGAUGCAAGGUUCCGCGAGGAGAAAUCUUCAGAUGUUCCGAGAUUUGUGUGGCGACGAUGCCUUGAAGAAGGUGAUCCUGGCCACAACGAUGUGGGAUAUAGUCCCAACUGCCGAAGGCGAUAUGCGCGAAAAAGAACUGAAAGAAAACAAAGACUUCUGGGGCUACAUGCUGAGCAAGGGUAGCAUUGCUCUUCGACAUGACAACACGUCGUCUUCGGCAAGAGAUAUAGUACAACAGCUGGCCAUACACAAGAAGCCAAUAGUUACAGAUAUCCAGAAGCAGCUAGUCGAUCAAAAGCUCCCCCUGGACCAGACAGCUGCCGGAAUGGGCCUACAAAGCGAGACACUCAAGGAAAGGGCAAGAUGGAUGAAGGAACGACAGGAGUUUGAAGCGGAAUUGCGUGCAGCUAAGCGUGAACAGGACCGCGAAAGAGAGGAAAUAAUGCGCGAAGAGCGUGAUAGGCGUGCAGAGAUGAUAAAGAAGGCCGAUCGGGAUAUGGCAGCUCUGCGUUCAGAUAUGGAGAAACUUCUCGCCCAGCGAGAUGAGCGUGAGGCACUCUUGGAAAGGCGUAUGGAGGAGCGACUCGAGAGGAAAAUGCAGAGAAAACAGGCGGAAUAUGAUAAAGAGAUCCAACGAUUGCGAAUGGAGAGGGAAGCCGAACUGCAAAAAGCAAAAGAACAAGAGCAGCAAGCUGAACGGGGGCGAAAAAAACUUGAGCAGAAGAAAAAGACCCAAAAGGAAAAGGCCGAGCAGAAGACAAAGGACAAUGCUUCGCAGGUUAAUCGUCAGUCCCAAAGCACACCGGCCAAUGUUGCAGGCUACUCUCCUUACUCAGUAACCAUGGGCAGCCAACUCUGCGCUGUCAGUGGCCCAAAGUCCUACCUAUGCUCUACAAAAGGUUGGCCCAAAAUGCAAGUGGGCUCAGAAUGGAUCGGUGCUGUCAGUUUUGGGAAUUCGAACGAAUGGAUCGCUCGCUACGGAGCAGGAACUUGGAAAUACCCAAGACUCGAGAAUUAUCCACACCUCGCUGGCAAGCUUAGCCUUCAUGGAGCUCGAAAUCUCGAGUUCUGCGUCCUGGGGCCCGGACAAACUUACUAUGCCCGGUGGUUAGAUGGCACCUGGAGUAGUAUGGCAUCAGAGCACGCUAACUCUGAGAUACGGGAGCUGGCCAGUCGACCCAACAAUUCUAGAAUUCGUGCCAUGGCGUUUGGGUACAACGAGUCUUACGUUAUCUCGUUCGGCCAGGCUGAGGGGUCAACUGUGCGCGGCACAUGGGGCAAUCGAUGGUACCUAAAGGGAUAUUACCCUGAUCUUUGCGAGUUCGCGGUGGCCAGCAGUCCUUUAAGUAUAGUGGUGAGUCUGCGGAGCUGCCUCGAUUACUCGAGUGCGGGCUAA